AUGUAUCGGUCGAAGAUAGGAGGCAUGCACACGACCCUUAAAGAUAGGAACCCCAAGGUAGACACUCACAUUCAACAGCUUGAUCAAUAUUUGAAGAAAUUUGAUGAGGAUCUUCGGCGUGUUGCAGAGUGCCCAUCUGCCACUGUGUACAAUGAAUUUAUAUCAUGUUUCUCACAGUUUCUGUAUCUUUUGAGGGCGGAAGAAGACGCGCCUUGCAACAGCAAAUGCAGCUGCCUCCUAGACAAAGCAAUCAAGGAAAAGGUGCAAAACAAUCAAGGAAAAGGUGAAGAAAACAGCGAACUGAUAUUGGAAGCUCUUUUUUCAUAUGAUCUAGAAAAUGAUCUGAAAAAUGUGAAGGAUCAGUUAUGCUCAUCAGAAAAAUCUAAGAAGCAAGCCCAGAGAGAUGCAGAUGAAUCCAACCAAGAGCUCUCAGUCCUCUCCUCAAAGCUUGAAGAGUCAGAGAAGAAACUUCUAGAGCUUUCAGCCUCUCGGAAUGCUCUUACAGUAGAGCUCUCUGAGACAAGUGAGGAACGAGACAGGUCAUUGCAAGCUGAGCUGGAGGCUCUGCAUAAGCAGCAGUUGCAAGAAUCAGCUGCUUUGGCCUCUGCAUUAGAUGAGAUCGAAAGGCUCAAAGCUCAGCUUGCAAUGGUAGCUGCGUCCGAAGCUAACAACUCAGAAUCUGCACCAACCGAGCUCCAUAACCUAAACGAGGCACUUGUGGUCGUGGAAGAAAUGAAGAAGCAGCUAAGCGACUCCAAGAAAUCAGAAGCUGAGGCGCAAGAACUCGUUGGUGAGACACUUAUGCAGCUGGAAGCAGCGAAGAAGAUGGUGGAGACGCUUAGGUGGGAUGGAUGUAAAGCUGCAGCUAGUGAGCUGGAACAGUCGAGGGCUCGUGUUGAGCUUCAGAUAACUGUCCUUUAUUUUUUCGGACUGUUAAUGCUAAGGAUUUUUGUGCAAUCUGCUUUAUUAGAAAAUUUCAACUUCGUGACAGAUGGAAGAAGGAAAUGUGUCUAGCAGUUUGACUUCUGCUGCGGCUUUUGUGGAAGGGGGAAUUCAGGAAGCAUGUGAUGAUGCUUGCAGUAUAUGUCUUGAAGCUUUUAGUGAUAAUGAACCUUCUACGCUGACUACUUGCAAGCACGAGUUUCAUCUUCAGUGCAUUCUUGAAUGCCUGCGCAUGAAAAGAUUGGUGUUGUCGAUUCCCAAUGGAUUGUGCAUCAAGUGAUUCCAUCACUUGGAAGUCAGGGCGAAUCUGAUAAUGGAAAAGCUCCAUGGCAGGGGGUACGAGAUAGAUGCAAAAGUGAGUGGGCGCUCUUUCAGGAUCGCCUUGCAAAUGCAGACAAGUCAUAUUUUUCACAAAUCCAGCGCCCUUGACUAAGAGCAGAUAUCAUGUAAAUUGCUUUGUUUAUUUCUUCGUUUGUCCUCACAUUCCCUGGGAAUGGUUUUGGUGGCCCGAUUGUUUCAUGCGAGUUACAUCCUUCUAUAGUGUAGGAUAUCCUGUAUAAUGAUGAUGUAUACUUGAUAUUUGGUUCAUUUGUAUAAUAAUGUAUGAAUUUUUUGGAUGAUAUAUAAUAUUGUUAUCGUUGAUUUUA